AUGUCUCAAAAAGCUCUUUUACUUGAGGAGGUGGGCAAGCCGUUGUCCUUGGGGCACCGGGCAAUCCCAGAGCCUGGCGAGAACCAGUUGCUGGUCAAGGUCCUUGUCGCUGGUCUAAACCCUCACGACCAGAGAACCCGCGACGAUGGCCUCUUUGCUACCAGCUUUCCAUAUGUCAUUGCUAGCGACCUGGUCGGAGAAGUAGUGACUGUCGGAACCGGAGAGCACUCUGCCAAGUUCACGCUUGGAGAGCAUGUUUUUGGUCAUACGUUUGCAGAAGGCGGCUUUAACAAUGACUUCAACGCUGCGCAGCAAUAUGCCCUUGUUGAUGCGAGGUUUGUAGGCAGAGUAGCUGGCAGUGGGUUGACUGACGACGAGGCAUCAACAAUUCCAGUCAUCGUUUUGGCUGCAUUUGUUGCCCUGUUUGCCCCCUCCGGUCAUGGUCUACCCCCUCCUUUCUCACCCGAGGCAAAGUCUUUCGAUUAUUCUAGCGUCAGCCUUCUCAUUAUUGGAGGCGGCUCCAACACAGGACGAGCCGCCGUUGAGCUUGCAAACUUGGCAGGAAUAGGCCAAAUCAUCGCGAUCGCUGGGAAACAGAAUGAAGCAAACCUCAAAGCUAUCGGAGCCACUCACGUUAUCGAUCGAAGAGCCCCUGAUGUGCUGGAGCAGAUUCGUGCGAUUGCUGGAGAUGAGCUGAUGUACGCUGUUGACACGGUCAAUGCUGGCCUAGACCAAGAGCUCGGUGUCGCGGCGCUGUCAAACAGGAAGAAGGGCACCUUGAUCACUCUUCGUCGACCGGACGGAGACCUUGACGCUGCUCGACUAGGGUCCAAGGCUGCUGGAUAUGAGCGGCGUCUGGUGUUUGGUGUAUCUCCAAUCCACCCAGAACUGACUAUGAAAUUCUGGGAGGAGGCUCCUCGUUGGUAUAAGGAAGGGAAACUUGGCCCCAGUAGCUUCGAGGUUAUUCAAGGUUUGGAUGCAGAUGCUGUGAACAAGGCACUGGAUAAAUAUCGAGAUGGGGCCGGGGUCAAGAUUAACAUACACCCCUGGGAAUGA